AGAUAAAGUGGAUGAGAAAGAAGAUUACAACAGUCAGGGUGAUAAGCAGCUUGAGCUAAAACAAGAGACAGAUACCAGCAUGGUGGUUCCUAUUUUCGAGACAACAUACCACGCUGAAUCAGAAGCAAACAAGAAACAAGACAUCUUCCAGGAAGCUGCUGAUUCUGAGGACCAAAAUCAGGAAAGAAGAAAACCUUUCUCAUGUGCCAUAUGUAAAAAACGUUUCACUUUCAAAUCUGCUUUUGAGCCUCACAUGAGAACUCACUCUGGUGAAAAAGCCAUUUUCAUGUGUGAACUGUGGAAAAAAGUAUUAGUCAAAAAUGGGAGUUAACUCGGCACAUGAUGAUUCACACUGGUGAAAAGCCGUUUUCAUGUGUGAACUGUGGAAAAGGUUUUUGUCGAAAACCGCAUUUAACUCGGCACAUGAUGAUUCACACUGGUGAAAAGCCGUUUUCAUGUGUGAACUGUGGAAAAAGUUUUCGUCGAAAACCGCAUUUAACUCGGCACAUGAUGAUUCACACUGGUGAAAAGCCGUUUUCAUGUGUGAACUGUGGAAAAAGUUUUACUCUAAAAUGGGAGUUAACUCAGCACAUGAUGAUUCACACUGGUGAAAAGCCGUUUUCAUGUGUGAACUGUGGAAAAAGUUUUCAUCGAAAACCGCAUUUAACUAAGCACAUGGUGAUUCACACUGGUGAAAAGCCAUUUUCAUGUGUGAACUGUGGAAAAAGUUUUAGUCGAAAACAUGCGUUAACUCGGCACAUGAUGAUUCACACUGGUGAAAAGCCAUUUUCAUGUGUGAACUGUGGAAAAAGUUUUAGUCAAAAACGGGAUGGAAAACGGGAGUUAACUCGGCACAUGAUGAUUCACACUGGUGAAAAGCCGUUUUCAUGUGUGAACUGUGGAAAAAGUUUUCGUCUAAAACAGGCGUUAACUAAGCACAUGAUGAUUCACACUGGUGAAAAGCCGUUUUCAUGUGUGAACUGUGGAAAAAGUUUUCGUCGAAAACCGCAUUUAACUAAGCACAUGGUGAUUCACACUGGUGAAAAGCCAUUUUCAUGUGUGAACUGUGGAAAAAGUUUUAGUCGAAAACAUGCGUUAACUCGGCACAUGAUGAUUCACACUGGUGAAAAGCCAUUUUCAUGUGUGAACUGUGGAAAAAGUUUUAGUCAAAAACGGGAGUUAACUGAGCACCUGAUGAUUCAUACUGGUGAAAAGCCAUUUUCGUGUGUGAACUGUGGAAAACGUUAUAGUGGAAAACGGGAGUUAACUCGGCACAUGAUGAUUCACACUGGUGAAAAGCCGUUUUCAUGUGUGAACUGUGGAAAAAGUUUUCGUCGAAAACAGGCGUUAACUAAGCACAUGAUGAUUCACACUGGUGAAAAGCCGUUUUCAUGUGUGAACUGUGGAAAAAGUUUUCGUCGAAAACCGCAUUUAACUCAGCACAUGAUGAUUCACACUGGUGAAAAGCAGUAGAAGUAUUUUCCAUACAUGUCCUAUGUUGAGGUUCACUAUGGAAUUGUUCUGGUUAUAAACUAGAAUAAAUGACUGGAGGGGUUUCAUGUCUAUAAACCUUAAAAUUUUUGUAUUUGUUAAAUGUUCACAUUUGGAUACUUGGAGAUGUGCCACCAUGACACAUUUUCCUGUGGAGAUGCUUUGUUUAUUUGGGUUUUUUUUUUGCAUAUUCUGUAUCAAAAAACAAUAAUGAUAAACUGUAUGUUAUUGUAUUAACAUACUGUUUAUGUCAAAAUGUAUGUUGUGUGUGUACAACGUGAAGAGCAGAGGGCUCAGCACACAGCCCUGAGGAGUGCCAGUACUGAUGCUGAUAGAUGAAGAGGCUUGGGGGCCCACUGACUAUUUAAUGCAUUAACAGAGUUUGACCGGACAUGGACUCCCUUCCAGAACAUUCUCACAUGAUUGGACUUGAGGGAUUGAUUUGUAUUCUUCUACCCUGUACAGAGAAAGAGUGGGUGGGUGGAUAUUAUUUACUUUAAUACAUUUAUAAUCAAUAAUAAAAUGGGCUGUAAAUUUUCUUUAAUGGUUGUGCAUUCUCAAAAUGAUCUUUAAACA